AUGGCGGGAGGCACUGGCACCGCCAGGGGCAGUGGUGGCGUCCAGGGGGGCGUCGUGUGGCAGGUGGCACUAGCAUCACCAGGGGCAGCGGGCAGUGGUGGCGUCAAGGAGAAUGGCGGGAGGCACUGGCACCGCCAGGGGCAGUGGGGGCGUCCAGGGGGGCGGCGUGUGGCAGGCGGCACUAGCAUCACCAGGGGCAGCGGGCAGUGGUGGCGUCAAGGAGGAUGGCGGGAGGCACUGGCACCGCCAGGGUCAGUGGUGGCGUCCAGGGUGGCGGAGGGCAGCACUGGCACUGCCAGGGGCACUAGCCAGUGGUGUCUGCCAGGGGGGCAGUGGGUGGCACUGGCACCACUGGGGGUAGCUGUCAGUGGUGGUGUCCAGGGGGGUGGAAGGCGGCAAGCAGCACUAGCAUCUCCAGGGAUGGUGGGCAGUGGUGGCGUCCAUGGGGGUAGCGGUCGGUGGUGGCACCACUGGGGGCAGUGGCCAGUGGUGGUGACCAGGGGGGCGGAGGGCAGCACAGGUACCACCAGGGGCACUAGGCAGUGGUGCCCUCCAGGGGGGAAGCAGGUGGAACUGGCAUUGCUGGAGGAGGAUGGCGGGAGGCACUGGCACCGCCAGGGGCAGUGGUGGCGUUCAGGGGGGCGGAGGGCAGCACUGGCACUGCCAGGGGCACUAGCCAGUGGUGCCUUCCAGUGGUGGCGUCCAGCGUGGCUGCGGGCGGCAGUUGGCACUACCAUCAUCAGGGGAGGCGGGCAGUGGUGGCGUCCAGGAGGACAGUGGGAGGCACUGGCAAUGCCGGGGGCAGUCGUGGCGUCCAGGGGGGUGGAGGGUAGCACUGGCACCACCAGAGGCACUAGGCAGUGGUGUCCUCCAGUGGUUUGGGGUCUUGAACCGAACCCUGUAUCUGGUGUCAGCAAGCGGCUGUUAGCGUUAGAGACAUCUACGCCUGAUGCCACACCGACACAUCUACAGCAGCAGCAGCCGACAUCGGCUGCACAGAUCCGCUGUAAGGACAACGGCUACGGACUUCAGUUCACAAUGAUGCGCUGCAGUGAGUGA